CAUGAGCCAGCACAUACCUGUGUGCCCUGCCCCACCCCCACCAUCAGCCCCCCCAGGCUCAGGAGCUUCUGUUACUGGUCAUGCUGGCCCUCUGUGUGUCCCCUCACACCGGAGCGGGGCCCGCACAAACCACCCUACCGCCGCUUUAAUCACUCUGCUCCCAGAAGUCCCCUGGUGAGGCAGCGGCCUGUCACCUGACCACACUGCCUCACUGUCCUUCAUGCUUCUAAACACGUGUGUGCUCCUGUGUGUUUCUCAUGUGUAAAUGCAUUACUUCAGUGUACCUCUUUGUCUCUCUGAUCACAAUACAAUCCGCAUGGCCAUGACCUCUAACCCCAGUCCCCAGGUGGCUGUCCAUGCUGAGGCACCUAUCUGAACGCCCAUGAGACUGACAUAGUCUGACAUGCAUGUUCUGAUGAGAUUAUGGUUCUGUUUAGCCCUGUCCAUCAAGCUGCUGACACACAGCAUAGGAUAAUCGACGCUUGGCUCAGACACACAUUAACCCCAAGGCUAAGCAUGAGGGCCCUCCUUCAUAACAUGGUGGCAUACAAGUAAUAUCUCCAAGCCACUAGGUGGUGCUGUUACACACCUGCCAUUGGCCAUCCCAGACCCUAGAAGGCAUCUGGUAAGGUAGUACUCCAUGCUGAAUGGAGAACAAGAAGGUGAGGGAUGAUGGAUUCGAGGGGUGCAUGUUCUUGACGUUCCCCUGUGGAUUUUGGGAGGGAUUGACUAAGUUGUGACUUGAGAAAUUACUAUUAUGAAUCAGCAAGUUUGCCAGACAUUAUGAAAUCAAUAAAGAAGAGCUGGGUAUUUACAUAUGGGCUGUGCCACCCCCCCGAUUGCAUGUGUGUAAAUUCCUAGUGAAUCAUUAGUGAAUCAUUAACCAUGCCAAUCAAGGUAUUUGCGUUUCCGAUAAGCAGCCCAGCACGUGUCGCCUGGCCCUCGCUGCGUUUCCUUCGUGUUUGUGUUUAGGACUGACGUAGGAGGUGCUCAUCGUCAUGCUGGGUGACACGCCGGCUCCCAGUGUGCAGCUUUGCAGUUCUGUGGAAGGCCGCUGUCCUGUGAGGUAAGUGCUCACUUUUGAGAUUCUGCCUGAUUUCUAUACUGGCUCAGCUCACAGUGCAUUUCUGUCAGGAAAUUAAGGUUACCAUGCAACUUCAGUCUGGUUUAGCUGGUCAAAGUGAGCUGUGUGUGACUAUCACUAGCAAAGAAAUAAUUCAUAUUAAUACACCCAUUGUUCUGAAGAAUUCAUUUGGAUCUUCUGGAGAAAUAUCUAAGACCCAUCUGUUCCAGGAAUUCAUCUACUAGUCUGUUGUCUCUCUGAAUGCUCUUAGUCUUAGUCUUUCUCUUAGUCUUAGUGAGUUUGUACCUUCCCUAAAUUAUAUGUACUUCACUUCCUGAUAUCUUUAAUAUAUCUUCCUGUUCAGGUCUUUGUAAUAAGAUUUUUGUGCAAGCUACCUUUCACUUUUGUAACCAAUAUAAACACACUGAGGCGUUGCCCUCGGACGUUUACACCGACCCUGAUGGUUUAAAUCCCAGCAGAGGCACUUAACCUGAAUUCUCCCAGUGAAAUAUCCAGCUUAUUGAAUGAAUUUAAAUGAAUCUUUUCAGAUAAUCAUCAUUAGGCUUAUAGGACCCUGUAAUUCAUCUGUGUUUCUCUCCAAUGAUCUGGAGUUUCUUUUCUGUUCCGCAGGGUCUGACACACCUCGACCUUUGUAUCAUUUUUCCUGCUCUGAAUGUGCCACACCUGGCAACACGGGUCACCUGUGAGCAAAAUUACAGAAUAAUUAUUUCCCUGAGCCUGGUCAGUGCCAGGCUUCUGCAGCACUUAGAUACCCCUGCCUUGAACUUUCUGUUCUCUGUUCUCUUGAGUUCAAAGCUUGCAUCUUCCGUGAACUCGCAGCCCGUCACGCGUUAAUGCGGCUUGUUUCUUGUUGCUCUCUUUGCAGCCGUUUUACCGUCUCCGGCCGUGACGUUGGCGCUACGCUGGUUUACUCUUCUGUGAAGCCUGCGGGGGACUGAAUGGAUGAGUGACGAUGUACGUUAACGGAGGCGCCAUGACAUAAAGCUUUAAAUGACAGUUGAGAGAGUGAGAGGGAAGACGAGGACCGAGUUCCCCUGAAGAUGUUCCUCUUGGCAGAGCAGAAGAGCGGUCUGUGUGUUUGAUGGCGCAGUCCUGACGCAAUGGCCUACCUAGUACACACAGCCCACUUGCAGUUUGCUGGCCUCCUGUUAGGGUUUGUGAGCUGGAUCCUAACAGCGGUGUCCAUGGGCCUGGUGCAGUGGAGGGUGUGGCACGUGCUGGACGUCACCAACAUCACGUCCGGAGUGGCCUGGGUGGGCAUCUGGAGGGUCUGCUUCCCCAGUCGCGCGCUGGUCUCCUCUGAGCUGCAGGUCCUGUACUGCCGCUCCAUCCCGUUCCGGGACCCAUCAACGCCACCGGAAGUGUCGGUGGCCCAGGUUCUGGUGCCGGUGGCGUUGAUGGUGGGCGGUGGCGGGAAUGCCUGUGCAGUCUACGGACUGAGGAGCGUCUACUUUGGGAUGGAAAGGAUGAAGCCGCUCAGGGCGGCUUUCUCUGUGGCCGGCGUCCUCUCCUUACUCUCCGCAGUCUGCACCAUGCUGCCUCUAGCCUGGAAUAUGAGGUCAGUUGCCGCCAAUUACACAAUAGACUUCCCCCCCGAUUUCCACAUGCCCCCCUCACCCGUCAGGCAGGACGUGGGGGCAGGACUGAGCUUGGGGAUGCUGGCCUCCAUCCUGACGGUCCUCAGCGCAUUGACGUUCAUCUUGUAUAGACUCCCGAAAGCUGUCCCUCAUAGACAGCAUUUCAGGGCUGAGUCUGCUGCCAACCAGAGCAGCCGUAGCAACCAUGAAUGGGCAGCCAUGCGUAGCCAUGGCAACGACACACAAGUGGCCACUACAAACCCCGGCAGAGGCUCACAGACAGACGCAUCGCAGGGCAACGGCGACGUGAAGAGCCCUGGUCAUGCCCAGGACAACCCAGCAUUCGAGGACACCUGAAUGUCACCUCCCAUCCACGUGACAGAUACCAUUUCCAAAUUUGUUCACAUGAGCUAAUUCACUUCAAUUUGCAUAAUGGUUUAGUUGUGGACAUCGUAAGCAACGUCAGCAAAGUUGCGUUUAAGCAUGAAUUUACCCCGGAGCUGCGUGGACCGCGGCUGUUUUUCCUGACGCCUGAAUGAAUUUUACAUGAGACAGUCUGGGAGGAAUGAUUGUACCAUAAGGGGCUCUUGGGACUGUGAUGGUAGCAUCAUUUUUUCAUUUUGCUGUGUGUUGUUCUGAAGCUACAUUGAAUGCAUUUGCACUUUGAGAUCAAUUACAGAGUAAAAACAGAGAACUGGAAUUUAUUAUUGUGAAUAUUUUAAUUAUGAAUCAUGAUUAAACACUUUUAUCAAGUUUAGAAGAGAAUCAGUUGCACCCCUGCACCUAGUAAUGGCAGAAAAUAAUGAAAAAGGUAAAACAGUGUAAUGUAAAGAUUAACCUAAGAUGUGCUGAGUACGGAUGGGGGGGUGUGUCCAGCAGCAGGCUAGGGAUCUGCACCCACAUCCAUAAGGUUAUGAGUUCAAGUCUCAUGGCAGCAGAGUCACUGUCUCGUGGAAACAAGGCUCUGAACCCCAAACUGCUCCGGAGACACUGUCUGACUCAAGCUUUUCUGUCUUUUAAGUUGCUUUGGACAAAAGCAUGUAAUGUGACAUUAAAUAAGAUGUAACUAUAACAGGUGAAUCUCGCUGGAAGGACACUGUGGGCAGCGGCGUUAGGGGCAGUGUCAUGGCCCGAUCGUUCUGAUCCUCCUGUGUGCCACACCCCUUCAUUUACCUCAUGUGGAAUCCUCUUGUUAUCAACUGUUUCUAGUUGUGUUUAAUUGACUCCGUGUAUUUAAGUGAGUUUCUGUGAAUGUUUCCCGAAUCCAGUCAUUAACGUCGCCUUUUCCGUACUCCAGAGUGUGUUUUACCCAUAAUAAACCCCGUGUUCACCCGACCCCCCAACUCCUGUGCCUGCUUCCACGCUUCGUGCCAGCAUUUUUGUGACAGGCGGGGGGCAGCAAGGAAUCUAUCCGCAGGUUAGGGCCACUGGAUGAAAAAAUGUGAACUAGUUUUUGUGUGGGAUUUUUCUGUUAAUAAAAAAA